CCGUUAUAGGUCAACAGAUAAUGUUGUAUCAAAAUGAAAAAAUCAAACACAUCUGAUAAAGCUGGUUGUGAUUGGUAUAGUGGAAACAUUUUUUAAAAAGAACUUCUACAUGGCAACGUCACCAUUUACGUGUUUGUUGUUGACGAAAUUGAUUGGAGCCGCCACGAUUGGUUUCAGGAAAAUCAAUACCCAUCUAUAAAUCAUGAUUAGUCGAUUUUAACGGAUUCGUACAAAUGUAGAAAUGACAAUAUUGCCAGAUCUUUUGUGCGGGGAUUGUUCCUUGUUUUGUGCAUAGCGUAUUGGAUUCCAGGAUUUAGUGGUUGGAUUCAGCUUAUUGGAUAUAGGGCCUACUGUUUGGAAAGAAAAGAAAUGUCAAAUGGACUUUGAUCCAUUGUUUCAUCCCAAUUCUCGAAAAUCACAAAUUCUCAUCGUGGAUAUUUCUACCUUUUCUGGAUUUACCAUCUGUCUGAUUAAAACUAUUUUGAUUGUGUCCCUGUUCUUUGCAAAAUAGUUGUUGGAUUUUAUGGAUUGUAAGUUGAUUGGAUACGCUGCAGCGAGUUGUGAUGUACCCGCUUCUCUUGGAAACAUUUCUAUGAGGUCUGAGCAUAUUUUGAGAUAGUUUUGCUGUGUGAAUUUUGGUUUGUGGUAUUCGGAUUGAUAUUGAUACUGAUAGGAAGGACAUCGUCCCACUUGAUGCCAAACCCUGGUGUCACUAUUCUACAAUACCCACGUCUCAAUGUGCUUAACCUACUUCUUUAAGCGUUCUGUUGGUUUGAUUUUGUAACGUUUGAGUCAAAUUUGGAUUUAAUUUCUCUGUGUGUCUUCUCCUUUUCGGGUGGAACUUGCUGUGCCAGACACUUGCGGAACAAUGGGAAAGAACGAUCUUGAUGGAGACCGGUAGCAGGAAUACUGUAAUAAUGCUACUAUCAACUCCGACGCACCUCCGUUACCAGUCUAGUGAAAAACAUGUCGAAAUAGACCGGCCUGCAUCAGUACCCCCUGCCAGUGCUAACCCAGACUGUGACCGAGUUUAUCAAGUUGAACAUGAGCCAGUGCGAAAACACAGCUUCGAGAAUCAUCUAAGUGUCAAACGACAGAGGUCGCCACCCUGGCAGAAACAAUUGGAUCAGAGCCCUGCGAUGGCGUUCAGCAUGGGCAAUGGUUACACUCUGUAUAAGAGUAAAGAGAAGCUUAACAUGCACGUCAAGAUGGACACUGUUCUUGAGGCACCUGCACUGGAGAUCACAACACAUCACCAUCAGAGGAAAAAGACUGGUCUUGAUCCAGCAAUAGAGGCACUGAUCCACCAGCUUCAAGAACAAAUCAACGAUCUGCAGUAUUUCCUGGAGGAGGAGCGACUCAACCACCGGGACACUGUGAGAAAUGCAGAGGAAGCCAUGCGGAGGAAAGUGGAGGAGUUACUACGGCAACAGGACAACAUAGUCAGACAACUUGAAGCAGACCAUGCACAUGACCUUGACCUUCUAAGAGAAGAACAACUGAAAGCUUUACAGGAACAAAAGGAGGAAGCAGAUGCUCGUGUGGCCAAAAUGAAGAGCGAGAUAGAAUUCCUCCAGGGAGCAUUCGAAUCAUACAAGAGUACGCUCCACCAGGAGAUGAACGAUGAUUUCAAUAAAAAGAUUGAGAAGUUGAAGUCGGACCAAGAGGAGGACACGGAUAAACAACUACAACAGCUCAAACAGCGCAUGAUCAUGGAGAGGAAUGCGGAGAAGUCGGCCAUUAGUAAAGAAAAUCAGAAACAGAUGCAACUGUUAUCGCGAGAUCACAAGAAAGAAUUAGAUGCUCUUAUUCGUCGGUUUGCCUCAGCCAGUCAGGAUUUAGAAAAGUUGAAAGCCAUUGAAAAGGAAUUUGCUGAACUGAAAGAGGAACACAAACAACUCUACCAAGAAAAUGCCAAAGUUCGCGACCAGCUCAAGAUGGCAACACUGGAACUCUCUGAUGCUAAAAUAAAGAUCCUCGAGUUCGAGGAAAAUUUCCAGGACAAAGUGCAACAGGUGGAUGAUAAGUACAAGGAGCAGAUCCACGGGUUGAUGAGCCAAAAUACCGAGCUACGGAGAGUCUAUAUGAAGAAGUGUGAGGAACUGGUGGAGGAGAAAAAUGUCACCCAGAAGACGAUAGACACAAAGGUUGAGUCGGCAAAGGAUGUGAUGCAGGCCAUUAUCAACACGAGGCGGAGGGCUAACGUCAGUAUGGCAGCAGCGGGGCCAGAGUGGGACAAUGUACGAAAAGCACCAAAAGAUCGGCCUAGUAGCGCGCCGAUGACUCAGACAGAAACAAAAUUGGCAUUACUCAGUGCUGGAGAGGCGGAUAAAACAGACAGAACGAUAUCACGUGCGAACACCCUAGUGCUUUGAGAGACAAUUCACAAUGUCCCGAAGUAUUUGGCCAUUGAUAUUUCCCUUGUUUGCACUCAAUUCAGAAUGUCCCAAACUUUCAGAUUGUGCGUUUGGACCUGCUGAAAUAAACUCUGAUACAGUGAGAGACAAUUGAAGACAAAGUUUCUGGCCAUUGUUUUCUUUCUCUUUCCACAACAACUUUGGAUUGUGACUUUUGACAAGUUCCACUGCUCUCAUACCUCGUUGAACGAGAGGUGAUACCUGACUGUGGCGACAGGCCUGUGUAGUGACAAAAGGUUGAGGAGAUCGUAAAUUGUUUCUCCUAUGAUUACAGUGAUAUGCUAGGGUAUUCAAUUUCAUAACUUAGAUAAUGUUAGAACCCCCUGCCCUAUUUCAGACAAUUUUAUCAUGAUCUCAUACAAUUAGAUGAUGUAUUUUCAGCCAGUUCCGUCCAUUAAUUUGUCCUGAGUAACAUUUUCCAGUAUUGUAUGCAUGUAUAUAAUGGAGCUCCCGAUGUACUGUUGUACAAAAUAGAUUGCAAAUAAAACCUAA